AUAGUAAUCGCGCACAAACGAGCUCAAAAACUGCCCAUAAACUGCCCAUGGAAGCAAACAUAGUAGAGAAGGAUGAACUGACCGUGAAGUUUUACAGGAGACUAAGAUGAGCCGCAAGUGUUGAAUAGAAUAUAUUGCGGGUUCUUGCUCAGAGUAGAUCUGCAAAAUAAAAUCAUACUUGCAGAAACAAACCUACCGCCGCAAACAUUUGAUCAAUCGAGUCGCUUCCAUAUUUCAUAAGCCGGCCUGCAAAAAAGCUGUAGAGUUAAAGCAUCAAAAAUCUUAUCGCCAUGGCUUCAUCUACACUGGGACAGCCAAUGAUCCUGGGUGUCAUAGCACUUGCGGCAUCAUAUCUCCUUGCGAGAGCCAUUUAUCUGGCUUUCUUUCAUCCUCUGGCUAGGUAUCCGGGUCCCCUCCUGGCCAAAUUCACAAAUGCGUAUGCUGCCUAUCAUGGCUGGAAAGGAGAUAUUCAUCUCGAUAUGUGGAGGGCACACCAACGAUAUGGUGAUUAUGUCCGAUAUGGGCCAAACCAAUUGAUGUUCAAUACUGCCGAGGGUCUUCGGGAUAUUUACAGCAUUAGUGCUUCUUCCAAAUUCAUGAAAGCCCAAGCAUAUGCACCAAUGGUGCACCGUGCUCCCAAUACCUUGACAAUUCGAGGCGGCAAGGACCAUGCCCGCAGACGCAGGAUCAUGGCUCAAGGUGUCUCGGAAAGGGCGCAGCGUGGUUACGAGCACAGAAUUGCCACACACAUUGACAAGCUAUGCAGCAUCGCUUUCCAGACCGAUGACACGGUAGGAUCCAGGUCUUGGAGUGUGCCCAUGGACAUGUCAAAGUGGUGCAACUAUCUUUCCUUUGACAUCAUGGCCGAUGUGGUAUUUGGAGCCAAAUACGACCUCUUAAGCAACGAACGCUUCCGAUACGUGGUUGAGUCAAUUGACAAGUCGAACGUUCGCAUGUCAGCAUUGAUCCAGUUCCCCAAGCUCGCAGCUCUUAAGAUUGACAAAUAUGUCUUCCGGGAUGCCAUUGUCGCCAGGAACAGAUUCGUCAAGUUCGUCCUGCGAGUAGUCAAGGAUCGCCUCGAGAAGAGCAAGACGACCUCCAUUGAUAUUUAUUCUUCAACUAGUAGCGACGCAGAUGUCUUCGCCAACCUAGCAGCUGCCAAAGACCCCGAGACUGGCGAAGGGUUCCGACCAGACGAGAUUGCGGCCGAGUCGACCACUCUGAUCGUUGCUGGAUCUGAUACGUCAUCUACUGCGUUCUGCUCGGUCCUGUUCUAUCUAGCCGACAACAAAGACGCAUAUGCCAAAGCUUCCGAAGAGGUACGAACCAAGUUCUCGUGUCGUGAGGAGGUCUGCUUGGGCGCUACGCUUGCAUCGUGCAGCUACGUCCGUGCGUGCAUUGACGAAGCACUUCGCAUGUCACCACCGGUAGGCUCAGCACUCUGGCGUGAGGCAAUGCCCGGCGGUGCCACGGUCGAUUCUCACGCCAUCCCAUCGGGUAUUGACGUUGGUGUUCCAAUUUACUCGGUCCAUCACGACUCCAAGUACUAUUUGAAGCCGUUCGAGUACAAGCCGGAGCGUUGGUUGGUGGACGAUGGCACUGGCAGCAUCGAGCGUGCCAGGUCGGUCUACAACCCUUUCUCUGUCGGGGCUCGUGGCUGCCUAGGGAAAGGACUGGCCAAUACGGAGAUGAUGCUCACGAUUGCCACAAUCUUGUUCGUUGGAGACUUCAAAUUCGCCGAUGGCGAGGAAGGAGCGAUUGGACGGGGACAGUCGGGAGCAGUCCAUGGCAGGCAUAGGUCCAACGAGUUUCAGCUCUAUGAUCAUGUCACCUGUCAGAAGCAGGGGCCAUUCCUUCAAUUCUCCCCGCGAGAGAUCUGUUGAGCGAUGAAACAUGGAAAUGAUGCUGGUUGUGUGCAUACUUCUGAAAUAUAUAGAUGGCGAUCAAAAUGAAAGACGCAUACAGCAAAGACGCAUACAGCAGCGACGCGAAUGGGCGUGAGGUGGGGUCACUAAGUUAGGAUCAAUUACGGAUUAGGCGGGAUGA